CGGCUCGCAGUCCUAGUUCCAAUUCAUCCCCAAAGUGUUCGAUGGGGCAGAGGUCAGGGCCCUGUGCAGGCCAGUCAAGUUCUUCCACACCGAUCUCGACAAACCAUUUCUGUAUGGACCUUGCUUUGUGCACGGGGGCAUUGUCAUGCUGAAACAGGAAAGGGCCUUCCACAAACUGUUGCCACUCCAGCCGAUGCCUGGCAUUGUGCAUGGUGAUCUUAGGCUUGUGCGCGGCUGCUCUGCCAUGGAAAACCAUUUCAUGAAGCUCCCGACCAACAGUUAUUGUGCUGACGUUGCUUCCAGAGGCAGUUUGGAACUCGGUAGUGAAUGUUGCAACUGAGGACAGACAAUUCUUCUUUUUUUUUUUUUUACGCGCUUUAGCACUCAGUAGUCCCGUUCUGUGAGCUUGUGUGGCCUACCACUUGACGACUGGGCCGUUGUUGCUCCUAGACAUUUCCACUUCACAAUAGCAGCUCUAGCAGGGCAGAAAUGUGAUGAACUGACUUGUUGGAAAGGUGGCAUCCUAUGACAGUGCCACGUUAAAAGUCACUGAGCUCUUCAGUAAGGCCAUUCUAUUGACAAUACUUGUCUAUGGAGAUUGCAUGGCCGUGUGCUCGAUUUUAUACACCUGUCAGCAAUGGGUGUGGCUGAAAUGGAUGAAUCCACUCAUUUGAAGGGGUAUCCACAUACUGUUGUAUAUAUAGUGUACUGAACUACUAAUAAUUUAAAUGAAAAUGAUAACAAAUGCAUCAUCAUUAGUUCAUUAAAUAUACGCUGCUGUUACAUUGUUCCAAUACGGGCGUGGUCCAUGGGCGAGUCUACGGUUUCAAGCUCCGCCUUCAGUGAUAGAGCUCCAUAUACCGGGCUCAUUCAUACCGGACACACUACACGAGUCAAACAGACGGACGGUGUGUAAAUUUGUGUUGACGUGUUUUAAACCCCGUUUACAACUGAUUUCUGACUGGGACGCUAAUAGGAGUUCCUUGGUGUCUAUUCCCGUUUUGAGAAGAAAGAGUGCGAAGGAAACGUCUCUCAUCUUGAGCUCCGCUCGCGAAUGGAAAGCAUCGGGAAAUACAUCUUCGUCCUCAGCUCCGCUGUGGGACCUGGAAUCUAAGAUCAGAAGAGUUUUUUGGAGGAUCAUUUAUUUUAAAUGGAUUCCUUCUUUGUAGAGGGGGCCCGUGUUUGGCUGCGGGACAAAGAGCUGCUCCUCCCUGCUACUGUCAGCUCCCGUUCCCACGACGACCUGGUCCUUACAACCGACUACGGAGAGGUGAUGAACCUGCAGCAGGGGGAGCUGAGCAGAGACCAGGUGUUUCCUAUGCACCUCACCAGUAUUAAUGGAGUAGAGGACAUGUCUUCUCUGGCAGAGCUACAUGAAGCUGCCAUCAUGUACAACCUUUACCUACGCUACCAGAAGGACUGCAUCUAUACCAACAUAGGCUCUAUCCUAGCAGCGGUGAACCCCUAUAAGCAGAUCUCAGGUCUGUACAACCCAGCAGCAGUAGACCUGUAUAGUAGACACCACCUGGGAGAGCUGCCCCCUCAUAUCUUCGCUGUGGCCAACGAGUGUUACCGCUGUCUCUGGAAGAGACACGACAGCCAGUGUGUUCUCAUCAGUGGAGAGUCAGGAGCAGGGAAGACAGAGAGUACCAAGCUGCUGCUCCAGUUCCUAUCUGUGAUGUCCCAGAACUCUGCCGGGACACCCCAGUCUGAGAGGAGCAUCCGUGUGGAGCAGGCCAUUAUACAGAGCAGCCCCAUCAUGGAGGCGUUUGGGAAUGCCAAGACGGUGUACAACAACAACUCUUCCCGCUUUGGGAAGUUUAUCCAGCUCCACUUCUCCCAGAGUGGGAACAUCCAUGGAGGCUGCAUCAUCGACUAUUUACUGGAAAAGAACCGUGUGGUGAGACAGAACCCUGGAGAGAGGAACUAUCACAUCUUCUAUGCUCUGCUGGCCGGGGUCGACAAGAACCACAGAGAGCUGUACUUCCUGUCUGAGGGCCCAGAGUCGUACCACUACCUGAGUCAGUCUGGCUGUGUGAAGGACAGGAGUCUCGAUGACCUGAAGCUAUAUGACAGUUUUAUGGAGGCUCUAAAGGUGCUGCAGUUCCGUGAGGAGGAGAUAGGUGACGUCUUCAAGCUGCUUUCUGCUGUUCUCCUGAUGGGGAACAUAGAGUUCAUGACCGCAGGAGGAGCACAGAUCACCUCUAAAGGAGUGGUCAGUAAUGUCAGUGAUCUGCUGGGCCUGGACUCGUUCCAGCUGUCUGAGGUUCUGACCCAGAGGUCCAUGAUCCUGAGAGGAGAGGAGAUCUGUUCACCCCUCACUGUGGAACAGGCGGUGUGUUCUCGAGACUCGGUUGCCAUGGCGUUGUACGCCCAGUCUUUCUCCUGGAUCAUCACACGGAUCAACCAGAAGGUCAGAGGGAAGGACAACUUCAAGUCCAUCGGUAUCCUCGACAUCUUCGGCUUCGAGAAUUUUGAGGUGAACAGGUUUGAACAGUUCAACAUCAACUACGCCAACGAGAAGCUGCAGGAAUACUUCAACAAACACAUCUUCUCCCUGGAACAGCUGGACUACAACAGAGAGGGAAUCCAGUGGGAAGCCAUAGACUGGAUGGAUAAUGCAGAGUGUCUGGACCUCAUAGAGAAGAAACUGGGCAUGCUGGCUCUGAUCAACGAGGAGAGUCGCUUCCCUAAAGGCACCGACUACACCCUGCUAGAGAAACUACACAGUAGACACGCUACUAACCAGUACUACAUGAAGCCCAGAGUGGCGGAUCACCAGUUUGGCAUCAAGCACUAUGCUGGAGAGGUUCUGUAUGACGUCAGAGGGGUCCUGCAGAAGAACAGAGACACCUUCAGAGAUGACGUCUUGAACAUGCUCAAAGACAGCAGGCUUGACUUCAUCUAUGACCUGUUUGAGCGUGUUGGGAGCAGGAACGGAGAGGAGACCCUGAAGAUGGGGACGGCCAGACGAAAACCCACCGUCAGCUCUCAGUUCAGGGACUCUCUCCAUUCCUUGAUGAACACUCUGGGUGCCUCCAACCCUUUCUUCGUGCGCUGCAUCAAACCCAACAUGAACAAGAACGCCAACAUGUUUGACCCAGAAGUGGUCCUGAACCAGCUGAGGUAUUCUGGGAUGUUGGAGACGGUGAAGAUCCGCAGGGCUGGAUUCCCUGUCCGCAGGACCUUUACAGACUUCUGCAGCAGGUACAAGAUGAUCCUGAAAGACGAGCAUCCAACAGACGACCAGAGAGGGAGGUGCACAGAGCUGCUGAUGUCAUACGACCCCGCCAAGAGAGACUGGCAGCUGGGGAAGACUAAGGUGUUCCUGAAGGAAGAGCUGGAACGCAGGCUGGAGAAGGAGAGGGAAAAGGUGCGGAGACAGGCGGGCAUGGUGAUCCGGGCACACAUACUCAGCUAUGUGGCAAGGAAGCGCUAUAAGAGGGUGCUUGUCAGCACCGUCACUAUCCAGAAGAACUACAGGGCUCACUUCUGGAGACGCGUGUUCCUUCGUCUCCGCACCGCCGCUGUCAUUCUACAGAAACACCAGCGUGGUCGGCUGGCCCGAGGCCUCUAUCGCCACCUCUCUGAGGAGAAGAAGAGGAGGGAGGAGGAGGAGGAGAGAAGGCAGGUAGAGGGGGAGACUAGGAGGCUGGAGGAAGAAAAGAGACGAGAGGAGGAGGAGACACGGAGGGUGUUGGAGCUGGAGGAGUUGAGGAGGAAGAAGGAGGAGGAGACACGGAGGGUGUUGGAGCUGGAGGAGUUGAGGAGGAGGAAGGAGGAGGAGACACGGAGGGUGUUGGAGCUGGAGGAGUUGAGGAGGAGGAAGGAGGAGGAGACACGGAGGGUGUUGGAGCUGGAGGAGUUGAGGAGGAAGGAGGAGGAGACACGGAGGGUGUUGGAGCUGGAGGAGUUGAGGAGGAGGAAGGAGGAGGAGACACGGAGGGUGUUGGAGCUGGAGGAGUUGAGGAAGGAUGAGAGACGGAGAGUGUUGGAGCUGGAGGAGGUGAGGAGGAAGGAGGAGGAGAAACUGAGACUACGAAAGGAGCAGGAAGCAGCGAAGAGAAAGGAGGAGGAGCUUUGCAACGGACAGCAAGGAGAAGACGAGGAGAACGCUACAGCCAACAACAGGAACUCCCUGGGGAUGGAUUCUCCUGCUCCCCAUAAGGAGGUGUCCCUGUCCUACUCCCUGCCCCCCCACACCUCUGAGGAGGAGUCCCGUCAGAUGGAGGAGAUCCUUCGGCUGGAGAAAGAGAUUGAGCGUCUGCAGCGCCAGAAGGAGGACGGGGUGUCAAUGUUAGGGGACGGCCUGAGAGGGAGCAGGGAGGAGCUCCGGCAGAGGAGGGAUGCAGAGAUCUACCGGCUGGAGAAGGAGGCGUCUCGCGUGGCCACAGAGUUCCUGGAGCUCCUGGACUUUGGGGGUCUGGAACAGAGUUUGUCCAGCGAGGAGAACCUCCACGACCCCUCAGAGAGCACCGCUCCCCUGGCCCGGGCCGAGGUGGAGGAGGAGGUGGACGAGGGCUUCCAUGCUGAGGAGGAGUGUCCCGGUAGCGGUAUCCUCCUGCCAGACUUCCAUCUCCCCGUGGAGGUUCCUCUGGACCAGGAGGUCUUCUCCACUCUCCCUCCUUCUCCUCCGGCCUUCGCUGAGAGUCUGGUAGCACAGGCCCUCUCACAGGCCCCAUGUUGCCCCCCUGUUUACUACCCCCUCACCUCUAUUGUCCCUACACACCACCCUGCUCCUCCUCUCCCUGCCCUCACCAACGGAGGUGGUAAGGCUCUCUGUCACCAACCCACCAGGAGAAUAGAGGUGGCUCCAGAGACCAACAGUGUGCCCAGAAGAGUGGACGUGGUACACGACAGACCCUGCGCCAGGGUCGAUGUUAUGCCAACUAGAAUAGACGUGAUACCCGACAGAUUCCCAGAGGCUGUGCCAGUCAGGAGAGUACAGCGAGUGCCCACUGUUCCUGUCCCAGGGGCCAGGGAGGUCAGAGAGGAGGUGUCAUUCAGCAUCGUACCAGACACAGAGUCAGGCUGUGACCAGGAGGAGUUUGAGGAGGUGCAGGGAAGUACAGGCUCUGGAGACGGAGCCAGUAUCACGGACGGACACGCUACUGAUGAGGUGCUGAGGAAAUCGUCCUGUACUCAGAACAGCCUGGACUCCUUCAGAGGCAGCUCAGACUCUUUUAUAGACAGUGACACGAGCAACGAUGUGGACACAGACGAGGAGGUGUCCAAUGGGAGGGUGAAUCUUCUGAACGGCUCUGGGCCUCCAUACUUCCACAGCUACCUGUACAUGAAGGGUGGACUGAUGAUCCCGUGGCGACGGAGGUGGUGUGUAUUGAAGGACGACACCUUCAUGUGGUUCAGGGCGAAGCAGGACAGUCUGAAGAGUGGCUGGCUGUAUAAGAAGGGAGGUGGCAUGUCCACUCUGUCCAGAAGGAACUGGAAGCAGCGUUGGUUCGUCCUGAGAGACGAUAAACUCAUGUACUUUGAGAGCGACAGCGAGGAGAAACUGAAGGGGACCGUCGACAUCCGCUCCGCCAAGGACAUAGUAGAUAACCAUGCCAAGGAGAAUGCUUUGAACAUCGUGACUGAAGAGAGAACAUACCACAUCUACGCAGAGACUCCUGAAGACGCCAGUGGCUGGUUCAACGUGCUGAGUCGUGUCCACAGUGCCAGUCCAGACCAGCUGAUGGAGAUGAACCAUGAGCAGGCCAACCCCAAGAACGCUGUGGGAACUGUGGAUGUUGGACUGAUCGACUCUGUGUGCGCGUCAGACAACCCUGACAGACCCAACUCGUUUGUCAUCAUCACUGCUAACCGUGUGAUCCACUGCAACACUGAGAUGCCUGAAGAGAUGCACCACUGGAUCGGCCUGCUGCAGAAACCCAAAGGAGACGCCAGGAUAGACGGACAGGACUUCCUCGUCAGAGGUUGGCUUCACAAGGAGAUGAGGGCUAAGAGUCUGAAACUGAAGAAGAGGUGGUUUGUCUUAACCUCUAACUCUCUGGAUUACUACAAGUCUUCAGAGCGCAGUGUGUCCAAGCUGGGGACCCUGGUCCUCAACAGUCUCUGCUCUGUGGUCCAGCCUGACGAGAAGGUCUUCAAGGACACAGGUUACUGGAGCAUCAUCGUCCACGGACGUAAACACUCGUACCACCUCUACACCAAACUACUGAACGAGGCUAUGCGCUGGGCGUCGGCCAUACAGGGGGCUGUCGACAGCAAGGUUCCCAUAGAGACACCCACACAGCAACUCAUCAGGGACAUCAAGGAGAGCAGUCUGAACGUGGAGGCUGUGGAACAGACGUACUGGAGGAACCCUAUCCUCAGAUAUACCCAGCACCCCCUCCACGCCCCGCUGCUGCCUCUGCCUUACGGGGAGGUCAACAUCCACCUCCAUAAGGAGAAUGGCUAUGCCAGCCUGCAGGACGAGGCAGUGAAGAUCUUCAACUCUCUGCAGGAGAUGGAGGCUGUGUCUGACACCGUGCCUAUCAUCCAGGGCAUCCUCCAGACCUGCCAGGACCUACGCCUGCUCCGAGAUGAGGUCUACUGUCAGCUCAUCAAGCAGACCAAUCACGUGCCUCAGCCCAACAGCUCGGCCAAUCACGCCCACUGGCACCUCCUCUCCUGUAUGAGCUGUACCUUCCUGCCCAGCCGGGGCAUCCUGCGCUACCUCAAGUUCCAUCUUAAAGGGGUGAAGGAGCAGUUUCCUGGAACAGAGGUGGACAUGUUUGCCCAUUUCAUUGGUGAGUCUCUGAAGAGGACGAAGGUCAGGGACUAUGUUCCGUCUCAGGAGGAGAUCGUAGCCUUACUGACCCGGCAGGAAAUGACUACCACGGUCUACUGCCACGGAGGAGGAUCCUGCAAGAUCUCCAUCAACUCCCACACCACCGCUGGAGAGGUGGUGGAGAAGUUGAUCCGAGGCCUGGCCAUGGAGGACAGUAGAAACAUGUUUGCCCUGUUUGAACACAACAACACUACAGACCGGGCUGUGGAGAGCAGAGUCAUCGUUACUGACGUACUCGCCAAGUUUGAGAGGCUGUCAGGCAGUGAGGAGGUAGAGGAGGAGGGACAGUGGAAGCUCUACUUCAAACUCUACUGUUUCCUGGAUGUAGAGAGCGUGCCCAAGGAAGGGGUGGAGUUCGCCUUCAUGUUCGAACAGGCCCAUGAGUCUCUGACCAACGGUCAUUUCCCGGCCCCAGAAGACACCCUGCAGCACCUGGCUGCUCUCAGGCUCCAGUUCCUCCACGGGGACAAGGCCCGGGGCAGCUGGUCUCUGGACAACGUCUACCCGGUAGGGAGGCUACGCACACGCAUCCUGCAUUUCACCAAGGUGGGCGCGGCGGGGCCUGUGGGCCAAACCCUUGAGCGGAGGCGUACCAGCUUCCUGGACGGGACCCUGCGCCGCAGCGGGCUGAAGACAGGCUCCAUGAAGAAACAGAAGAUGGAGGAGGAACAGAUGCUGGAGAUGUGGGUGAAGGAGGAGACUUCAGCCACCAGAACCUCCAUCGUAGAGAAGUGGUCCAGACUUCAGGGACUGGACCAGCACACUGCCAUGCUCAAAUACAUGAACAUCAUAAAGGAGUGGCCCGGAUAUGGGUCCACACUGUUCGACGUAGAGUGUAAAGAGGGAGGCUUUCCUCACGACCUGUGGCUGAGUGUGAGUGCAGAGAACGUGUCGGUCUACAAGAGAGGAGAACCCAAACCUCUAGAGACGUUCCCCUACGAACACAUCAUCUUCUUCGGAGCUCCCCAGGCCACUACCUAUAAAAUCACAGUGGACGACAGAGAGAUGUUCUUUGAGACACCUCUGGUUGGAGAGAUCAUCAAGAUCAUGAAAGCCUACAUCAACAUGAUAGUAAAGAAGAGAUGCAGCGUCCGAUCUGGGUCCAGCGACGGAACCAACUGGAUCAGGUGAUGUGAGACAAAACACAGCCCAGUUGGCUUCCCACCACCGCCCCUGACCAGAAGGCUAAAAGGCUAGCACUACAAGGCUAAAAGGCUAGCACUACAAGGCUAAAAGGCUAGCACUACAAGGCUAAAAGGCUAGCACUACAAGGCUAACCAGCAGGGUCCGUGAAGACAAGCUUCAAGACUAAAAGUCCAUGAAGACAGGACUGUUCUCUUCAACUCAGAUGUCUGGAUAACUGACGUCAGGCUGCUCAUUCAGCUACUCCAGAACUCGUCCGACUCCGGUGUCCCUCAGUGUGGUGCGCCAAGCCCAACAUUCAGAACAUUCUAGAAUGUGUAGCGCUAAAGGCUAUACGGCGUUCCUCAACCGUUUUAAAUAUUGCUGUUCUAUAGCUGUCGACAGAGUGGAUAUCACGUUACCUUCUGCUAUUAUUUACAGCAAUUUAUCAAUAGUAUGAACCAAUCAGGAUGUCACAUUUUAAAAUUUCCUUUUGUAUUCAAGUUCUACCAUUUUCAAAUUCCUUUCCAAUGGAUUGAGAUUCAGAUUGAGUGAGAAAUGUCUCACUGUCAAGCCUUCCCGUGACUAGCUCCCCUUUCCUUAUAAGAAUGUUGUGUCUAUUUUUAUAAUUUGGCAAGUGUUAUUAUUAUUAUAACAUAUGUUAAUGUCUGGGCAUCCAACUAUACCGUUAUAUAUUUACAAUGAGAAGAAGUUAUUUGUCUAAAGUAAAGUGUUGAAAGACUUUUCCCCUCAGGUUUUCUGAGCAAAUAGGAGUUGAAUCCCAAACCAACCACAGAACCAGGGAGUUGAACCUCUCUACGUGUUGAUGCCUUAAAUAGGGUUUCGCUGCUUCCAUUCAUGUUUUUAUUCUUUGGACUGUAAAGUAAUACGUUUUCACUUUCAGGAAUGGCGUCCCCAAGCCAGGGUUAUGUCAGGGUUAAAUAGCUCGAUGGUUAUAACCAGUUAUAAUGCUAGUGGCAGAGGCUGCUGUUCUAUAGCCCCAGAUCUGUUUCUGCUUUUGCCUACUCUGAUUAUGACGCUAAAUAUGUUUGAAAUGACAAUUCCAUAAGGAAGUUGGGUGAAAGAGCAGAUAAAGCAGACUGGUGUACCCAAAGCCUUUGUACCCAGUGCCUGAGAAACAGGUUUUUAACUAACUGGUGAAAUAACACUUGUAUUUUAUAAGUUAAAUAUAACUAGAACAAACCAAUACAUAAUCCAUUACUACUAUAUUUAGGUUAUUAUUUAUUCACAAUAAAGGCAGUGGUUUAAUAUAGAACGUCGUGAUAGAAUUUAGUCUGAGGUAUUUUUCAUUUAAAUGUUUUAUUUACUAUUUUUGAUUUGAAACCAGUUUUGUCCUUGUAAUUAAAUGUUUUCUGACUGAAA